GUAAUCCUUGACUGGAAUCAAAUGUUUUUACACAAGAAUGGUUAGCGUCAUCGUGGUUCAGCAGCGGGCACUCUGCUGAGAUCGAGCUCACACUCUCUGACUCAUCUGUGUCCCAUCCAGAGAAAGCCACAAUGGUAAUUAAGCUGGCUAAGCUAUCAGAAGGACCUUCUUGGCGUUUUGGCUACCUGGACCUUCAGGCUACAAGACGGCCUUGAGAUCCUGGGCACGAGCGCGCACUCGAUAUCCCUGCGUCAGCGCGCGCGCUCUAAAUGACUCCCCGUCUGUGCGCGUGCUCCGUGCAAGCUGGUGGAUUGUAGGUGAUGAUGGCGGAAGAGGAGCCGCGUUGAGUUAGCUCUCAGUUUUAUUUUAAUAUAAUAAACUGUUAAUAAAUAUAAUUUCUCUGCACCGUCUCAUUUCCUGAGACCAUGGGGAACGAAGCGAGCCUCGAGGGAGGCGGACAGCCGGGGGAACCAGGCUCCGCUGUACCGACGGCGGCAGCUCCGGGUUCCAUUUCAGCACCAGCGGGAUCUGGACAGCUCAUCAAGCCCAGUAAUGGUGCGCCAGCCGGGAGCGGACCAGCGGCUGGGCCGGGCCCGGGGAUUAACAGCUCUGCCGGGAGGCCAGGCCAGAUGGAGCACGCGCCGGGGCCAAAGCCAGGGGCGUCCCCCGAUGAGAGCAGAACAGGAGCUCCCUACCGCCUCGCCACCCACGAGAGCCCCGCCCCCCAGCGCGGGUCAGGGCAGGGCCAGCACGCCGCCCGUCUGACCCUCCCGGUGGACGGGGGCGGAGCCGGAAGAGCAGGGACAGGCCGGUCUCCGGCGGUGUCCCCGGGCAGCGCCCCCAGUUCCCCGUACUCGGUACCGCAGAUCGCCCCCAUGCCCAGCAGCAAGCUGUGCCCCGUGUGCAACACGACCGAGCUGACUGCCCAGGACCCGCCAAAUUCCAACACCUGCACGCAGUGCCACAACACCGUGUGCAACCAGUGCGGCUUCAACCCCAACCCUCACCUCACACAGGUGCAGGAGUGGCUGUGUCUGAACUGUCAGAUGCAGAGAGCUCUGGGGAUGGACAUGACCACGCCUACUCCACGAUCCAAGAGCCAGCAGCAGAUCCACUCUCCUUCUCAUCAAGCCAAACCAGAGCCACAGGGCCCACCCCAGGGACAGGCUCUUCCCCCUGCACAGGCCCAACCCCCUGCCCAGGCCACACCCCCAACACAAGCCACACCCCCAGUGAAAGCCUCUCCCCAUGCCUCGCCAGGACCUCAAAGGCAGGCUGGGCCUCCAGGCGGAGCCACACAAGCGCGGCCUGAUCAGCGGUUACCCCAGCCUGCAGGGGGUGCCCUCCCAGGCCUGGCCAAGGCCCCUUCUCAGCCAGACCUGUCCCGCCCCUCACCCGGCCGCCAAGACCAUACCCGCAGUGCAGGGAGCUCACCAUCCAAGCAGCCCCCGCCUCCCCAGGACCAGCCGUUCGGGAAGCUAUUCGGCUUUGGGGCGUCCCUCCUGAACCAGGCCAGCACGCUGAUAUCUGUGGACCCCACCCAGGGCACGGCGCCACCCACAUCCCCUGCCAAGCCUGCACCUUCGGCUGCCAGUAAAACCCCCAGCCCCGCGGGCAGACCAGGGGGAGCACCACCCCCCCAUCAACAGGCCCCACCCCAAAACCAACAAACUCCGCCCCCUCAUAAACAGGCCACACCAUCACAGCAGCAGGCCCGCCCAGAGCCUGCCCCCAAGGCCAUCUGCUGCCCACUGUGCAAGACAGCACUGAAUGUGGGCAGCACGGAGCCCCCCAACUACAACUCCUGCACCCAGUGCCACUCGCAGGUCUGCAACUUGUGCGGGUUCAACCCAACGCCCCACCUGGUGGAGAAGAAAGAGUGGCUUUGCUUAAACUGUCAGACACAGAGGUUGAUGUCUGGAGGUCUGGCUGAUGCACCACCCCCUCAGCCAUCUCCAAAGCACCCUCCAAUGGGCUCUCCCCAGCACCAACCUCCAGCCAAUCAACAGCAGCCACUGUUGCAGAAAGGGCCCAAUCAGCAACCAGUGCCGAGGUCAUCAGGCCAGCUUCAGCAACAGAGACCAGUCUCCGGCCAAGUAAGUGGGCCUUCUUCCCUGGCGAAGCAGCCAGGACCCCCAGUGCAGGCUGUGCCCCCAGUGUCACGGGAGGCCCAGGGUCCACAGCAGGCCCCACCAAAGGCCAUGUCCAAGAAAGCGGUUACCACGCCCAGACAGCAAGGGACCACACACAAACUCCCAGAGACCACACCCAAACUUCAAGAGACCACACCCAAACCUCAAGAGACCACACACAAACUUCAAGAGACCAUACCCAAACUUCAAGAGAAGGACUUGGAGACCAAACCCACCCCCCCGAUAAAGGGUGACACUGAUCAGAUCACUCCAUCUAAAGACAUCAAGAAGGAAGAUGGAUCUCAGAAGUCUAGGCACUACGAUGAGGGCGGUAAACCCGGGCCGCAGGACAUCACGCGGAGCCCACAGAGCCUCAGCGACACUGGCUACUCAUCAGAUGGGAUCUCCAGCUCCCACAGUGAGAUCACGGGGCUGAUCCAGGAGGAGGGGGUAAAGCUGAGUGAGAGGGGGCUCAGCGAGCGCAGCCCACCCAGCCCCUCCGAAAUCACCAAGCUGGAGAGCUCCAUGCGGCCGCUGCUGGAGUCCAAGACCUUGGCUGAGCAGGAGCGGGAUCGGGGGAAGCACCAGCUUGGCAGUGAGGACACUGACGACCGGAAGCAGCGGCCGCGAUCGCUCACAAUUGGCCAGGAAGAGGAGGCAGCCGAGGAAGAGAGCCGCCGGAUCAGUUCAGCGGAAUCCUCAGAUGACCUCAGCUGCAGGCUGCGGCAUGACUAUGUAGAGGACAGCAGUGAAAGUGGCCUCUCCCCACUCCCUUCCAGGCAACGGAAGGGCCAGAGGGACACAACUGAUGAGGAGUUUAUGCGAAGGCAGAUCAUGGAGAUGAGUGCUGAUGAGGAUGAGAUUGAGGAGGAGGAUGAAGGGUAUGGCUACACUAAGCCAAGGAAGAGCCACAAGCACAGUACCGAUUCUGGGAAAGAGAAGCGCCGCCUCACCCAGCACUCCAAUAGCUAUGAGGAGGACAGCAAAGCGUCCGCUGACAAUGGGCAGGAUGGGCUGAUGGCAGGAGGCUUGCGCCGUUUCAAGACCAUUGAGCUGAACAACUCCAACAGCUACAACCGUGACAUAGAGCUAAGUGCUGAAAAUGAUCUCGCCCUGGACAGGGAGCCGGAGCUUGAGAUGGAGAGUCUGACUGGCUCCCCUGAUGAGCGGUCAAGGGGGGAGUACUCAUCCACCCUUCCAGCCACCACCCCAAGCUACACAUCUGGCACCUCCCCUACAUCAGUGUCCUCCAUGGAGGAGGACAGUGACAGCAGCCCCAGCCGCCGGCAGAGGCUGGAAGAGGCUAAGCAGCAGAGGAAGGCCAGACACCGCUCCCACGGUCCACUACUGCCCACCAUUGAGGACUCAUCUGAAGAAGAUGAGCUGAGGGAGGAGGAGGAGCUGCUGCGUGAACAGGAGAAGAUGAGGGAGGUAGAGCAGCAAAGGAUACGAAGCACUGCAAGGAAAACCAAGAGGGACAAGGAGGAGCUGAGAGCACAGAGACGAAGGGAGAGAUCCAAGACUCCUCCGAGCAAUCUUUCCCCCAUUGAGGAUGCUUCCCCAACAGAAGAGCUGAGGCAGGCAGCUGAAAUGGAGGAGCUCCAUCGCUCCUCCUGCUCAGAGUACUCCCCCUCUGUUGACUCAGAGGCAGAGGGGUUUGAAAUGAUGGCCUCAAAGCUGUACAAGUCUGGCAGCGAAUACAACCUGCCCACCUUCAUGUCUCUUUACUCCCCAACUGAGAAGCCGACCGCCACCUCGCCAUCUUCCAUCGACAAACCACUGAAGAGUGCCGAGGAGGUCUACGAGGAGAUGAUGAAGAAAGCAGAGAUGCUGCAGAAGCAGCAGGGGCAGGCAAGGCAGGGGAGCACAAAGUCAGGGGAAGUGCGGGGCCUACAGCAUCAACAGGCAGCUCAGAAAAAACAGCAGGCUUCCAUCCAGGAUCCAAGACGGCAGCUGGGCAGUGAGGUGGAGGCAGCCUACCCAGAUAAACAGCUCUUAGACACUGGAUUUGCUAAGCUGCUGGAGCAGAACAAUGCUCUCCUCACACCUGGUACCAGCCCCACACAACUCUCAGCACCGGUUUCCUUUUCUGGACAAGAGAGCGCAGGAAGAGGUGUCCCUGAUGUGCGAGUAACUCAGCAUUACACAAAAGAAGGACGGAAGGACAGGGUUGGAGGUCAGACCCAUAAAGCUGGAGCUGUGAGCCAGGCCUCAGUCAGUCAAACUGCAAACACAAACCAGUCGUCAACGUAUGAUCGCCAAAUAGGAGCUAUACCUGCAGGUUCAAACAUUUCUAGCAGGAUAUCAGAGGUCACCCACGCUUACAGUCAAAGAGAACAACCAGGAAGGAGGACUCCUGCUCAACCAACACACAGCACACAGGCCACAUCCCCAGAUCCAAGUGGUACAUCCCUUACCUCCAGAGUCUUUUCUUACUUCAAAAGUUCAAGUCCCCCCCUCUCUCCUUCCACCUCUCCUACACAGAGCCCUACUCACUCUCCAUCCAGAAUAGGUGCCACUGAGCCCUCUACACAAAGAGCACCCCCUGCUGGUUCGGGUGCUGCCUCCCCAGUAUUGGGUCACGGGACACAGAUGCCUCAUAGAACUGUUUCACCACGCCUCUCCAGGCAACAGUCCUCGCAGGAUGCCCCCUUCAUGGUGAUAACAUUAGGGUCUGAGCCCACUAGCCCCAGCAAACCUGUGACUGUAAAUUCUGCCACUUCCCCAAUCACCUCACCAACAAAGCUGAGCCAUCAGCCAGAAUUUCAGACCCAUGUCCCUGCAACAAGUCCCCCAAGUUCUCCACAACAUCAGCUCCCUCAUCAGUCUACCCAACAUGGCUUGCACAAGGCUCAGCCAACAGAGAGGGUUCACACUAGCACCAGCACCACUAGCUCCUACAGCCGGGGGUCUAUGUCCAUGGAGAACAUUUCCCUCUGCAGGAUCUCCACUGUUCCAGGCACCUCCAGGGUAGUAGAACAAGGCCAAAUGCUGCCUAGCAGUAACGUAGUUGACCUUCGGACACCUAUGAAGCCAGCCCCUAUCAUCAUGACAGAACAGGGUAUGGACCUGACAUCUUUGGCAUCAGAGACUCGUAGAUACUCAUUAGGAACAGAGGCAAGUCCAAGCCGCCACACAGCAGUUCAGCCCCUCAUCAUGAACCUGAAUGCCCAAGAGCAGUUACACACAGCCUCAUCAACGGCAACAACAGUUAGUGUUACAGUGGCAGCUUCCAUGUUUAUUUCACAGCCGAAGCAGCCGGUGGUCUAUGGAGAUCCAAUGCAGAAUCGAGUGGACCUGGGUCAGGGAGUCGGGUCAGCAGUGUGCCUGACACAGACCAGACCACUGGCAUCAUCUGAUCCAUUCAUUCCAAAGAUAGAUGCUUGCCUGGAAGAUUUGGGAAUUCAACAGCAACAGCUACAAAAGCAGCAAAAGAAGCUUCAGCAACAGCAGCAGCAGCUCGAAGAGCAGCUUCAACAACAUCAACAAACAUCAUUUGCCAGGUACAACUUAGCAAACCAAGUGCAACCAUUGCUUAUGAAGAAAGACUUGCUUGUGAGUCAGACAAGUGGUGCCCAAGCGGUCAAUGUCAGUGCAAUUCCCAGAACCUCUCCUCUCCCUGCUCAAGUUGGAACCUCUACUGCUCUUCCCCAUGAGAUCUAUGGAGGAGCUCCCCUGGAGCUGAAGAACAAACCCACGGCAAUGAAUCUGUCCACUGGUAAACCCCAUGUCAUGGUGGUCCAGCUAGAUGCCAGCAACCAGAAGGGUUCUACAGUGACCCAGCUGGUUAAGCCAGAGCAGCCUCCCCCCCAGGAGGUCCUGGACCUCACUGGCCAGAUCAAGGCUGAGAAUCAGGUGGCAUGUUGUGAUGUAGUCUACAAGCUUCCCUUUGCCAGCAGCUGCACGGGGCCCUUUGCACAGAAGGCUACAGUACUAGAGAAGAAUCAAAUAACCGAACAAUCUCAAACCACCCACCUACCUUCAGGUUCUCAGUUUACGGGAAGCCGGACAAAUGAGCCUAGCCUUGACAACUUUGGAUAUCAGGAGCAUGGAGCAGGCACCCAAGGAGGGACAGAAGAGUGUAGGGCCUUCUCCUCACCCGCCUUAGGAAGAUUGCAGCCAUCCAUGUCAGACACUAAUCUGGCUGACGCUGGGCUGCAGAGUGAAUCUGGGGAUCUAGCAAUGGACCUGAGCACCAUAAAGCAAGCCUGUGAGGGGGGGUACCUGGGUAUGGGAAUGCAGUAUGGAUCCUACACAGAUCUUCGCCACCAGGGGGACAUCAUGGCACAGCCUAUGCCACUGCGACGGUAUGGCUCCAUGUCAAAUAUUAACACAGAUCUGGGCUACUCCCGAGAUCUCUCCAGCUUCCAGGAGUCCAACCUAGCACAAUAUAGUGCCACCACUGCCAGAGAAAUCAGUCGAAUGUGCGCAGCUCUCAACUCAAUGGACCAAUUUGGGGGACGAUACAGCAAUCCCCCUGAACUACUGCAGUACAGCUCCGGAAGGGGUACCAGUCCAGCUAGUAGGCUGAACUUGCAGCACAGCUUAGCGUCAAUGAGGGCCAACCUCAUGAUGGGUCCUGAUGUCAGGCAGCCUGCACAUGUGCAAGCAUAUGCUAACCUGAUCAAUGCUCGACAAGCAAGCCUACGUGCACUCUAUCCCUCUGCCGUAAGAGCAGCCGAUGGAAUGAUCUACUCAACUAUCAACACCCCAAUUGCCUCCACCCUGCCAAUCACCACACAGCCUGCCUCUGUCUUGCGGCCCAUGCUCAGGGGAGUUUACAGACCUUAUCCCACAGGUGGUAUGACUGCUGUACCCUUGGCUAGCCUCACCAGGUUGCCUCUUGUAACUCCAAGGAUGCCUCUGUCCCCACAAGGACCUCUCCGUUACCCACCUCCUAACCGGUUCUCUGCAGCCCAUAUUUCUGCUCCUACAAGUGCUCCGGCUACCACCACAGCCCUGGAUACUCCUGUCUACCUUGGGAAACCUUCAGCAGCCCCCACAGUACCGAUCAGUGUACACUCAACUACAACUAUUCUAACUGGGUCUACUGGCCACUUAGGAGUUAAUGCUGUACCAACUGCUGGCAUCCAUACAACAGCAAUGCCCGUCCCACCAUCUGUUGCAGCACCUGCAAACCAACAACACCUUCCAAUGCAAGCAGUACCAAUGCAGCAGCCCCAUACCCAAACUCCAAUUCAACCUCAUACUACUCCUCAAAUACAACCCCAAAUGGCACCACCUCAACUGCAGACUCAAGUACAUCCCCAAAUUCAGCCUCAAAUGCAGCCCCAAACCCAGAUACAAAUGCAAUCACAAAGUCAGCCACAAAUGCAACCUCAGACACAGGCUGAAAUGCAGCUGCAGACCCAGUCACAAACUCUCCAACAAGCACAGAUUCCGGCUCAGCCCCAAACGCAAUCACAGGCACAGUCAGCACCAGAAGCUCUGGCGACCUCUGCAGCUUGCACCACCACCACUGGCAGCAGCAUCAAAACAGAGAAGGAGAUGGAAGAGGAGCGAUUCCGGCAGCAACAGGAGCAGCUCCUGCAGCUGGAGCGGGAACGUGUGGAACUGGAGAAGCUGCGUCAGCUGCGCCUGCAGGAAGAGCUAGAGAGAGAUCGUCUGGAGUUGCAGCGACAUAGAGAGAAGGAACAAAUGCUGGUGCAGCGGGAAAUACAAGAGCUGCAGACUAUUAAGCAGCAUGUCCUGCAGCAGCAGCAGGUUGAGAGGGAGACACAGCUGGUCAUGCAGAGGGAGCAGUUAGCCCAACAGAAAGCGCAGCUGGACCAAAUUCAGUCAUUGCAGCAACAGCUGCAGCAGCAGCUGGAAGAGCAGAAAAGGCAGAAAACAGCUGCCGCAGAAGCAGCAGCUGCAGCUGCUGUAGCUGAAGCAGCUGCUGCAUCUGCAGCUGCAGCUGCAUCCACGUCUGCACAGGGUGCCGUACAAGGUGCCAUGCAGGGUAUUACCGUGGUUGGGGGAGCUGCUCCUCAGGGAUUCUCUAUCAUCUGUGACCAGAGUGGCAGAGUAAUUCAGCAAGACAUACCACCUGAGCUUCAAAGGACCAUGAGCCAGAAUGGACAGUUCUGGCAACCUUACAUGGAAGGGCAUGUUGUCCAGGGAGUGGUGACCUCACGGACUUUGCCCAACUCUGCUUCAGAGAUGUCCCUUAGGAGUAGCGAGGAUUCUUUGGAGACACGGGCAAUGAAAAAGCGCAACUCCAUGCCACGCCUGAGGGAUGGGGCAAGGCCAGAGGGGGAGGAUGGCCUUCCCACAGUGAAAAGGAUCGCUGAUAGCAGUGUGCAGACUGAUGAUGAGGAUGGGGAGGAGAGGUUCCUGCUGUCCAGGCGAAGGAGGACCAGGCGUAUUGCUGAUUGCAGUGUCCAGACGGAUGACGAGGACCAGGCCGAGUGGGAGCAGCCAGUCCGUCGGCGACGGUCCCGUUUCUCUAAACACUCUGAAUCAAGUGCUGACACCAAGGCUGAGGCACCUAAGGUCUCCUCCUCCAGCAUUGCCAUCCAGACCACUACUGACUCCUCCUGUCAGACUGAGCCUGACCAGUUGGGAAGGGUGUCCCCAGCAAUCCACAUCACCACCUCAGAGCCCAAGGUUGAGGUGCUGCACUACAUCUCGGCCCCAGAGAGGACCCAGAAAGGGGAGAGCCUGGCUUGCCAGACAGAGCCUGAGCCCCAGUCCCAGGGAGUGGUGGCGCCCCAGCUGAGUGUGCCCACCACCAUCAGCCCAUACUCCACCAGUAUGCAGCUUGUUGGCUCUGGAGUGGUGGAUCCUCUCAGCCCACGGCAGCAGGGUGUGGCUAAGUUUGAGAGGAGGAAGCCUGACCCGCUGGAGAUUGGCUACCAAACACAGAUGCACAGUGACUCCCUUUCAAACCUGGCCCGCCAGCCUCCUAAAUCACCCCAGGUUCUGUACUCCCCUGUCUCCCCAUUGUCCCCCCAUCGAAUGCUGGAGACCUCAUUCUCCUCCAGCGAGAGACUCAACAAGGCACACGUCACCCCACAGAAACACUUUACUGCUGAGUCACCCCAACGUCACCAAACACUGCCUCGCCCAAUCAAGAGUGUUCAGCGGUCCAUGUCUGACCCCAAACCACUGAGCCCCACUUCGGAUGACUCGCCACGGGCCAGGUUCUCCUUGUAUCAACAGCAGGCUCUCCAGAACAGCCAGCUGAUGGCACUGCAGCAGCAGCAGCAGAACGCACUGAUGCGUAAGGUGAAGCGGACCCUGCCCAGCCCACCUCCGGAGGAAACCCCACUCCCCAUCGUCACCCCUGCCCUCCCCCAUAUGUAUGCUUCUCCCUCCUCCCUAGCCCAGCGUGGGCUGCCUCGGCCAUCUAUCGCCAUUACCAAAGCAGGGCUCCUGAAUGAGCUGAAGGCUGUGGAGCAGGAGUCCACCAAGCUCCGCAAGCAGCAGGCUGAGCUGGAGGAGGAGGAGAAAGAGAUUGAUGCCAAGCUACGUUACCUGGAGUUAGGUAUCACCCAGCGCAAGGAGCGAGAGAAGCGGGAACUGGCCUACUUGCGCUCAGUUGGGGAUGGCCGUGACUAUGCAUCUGACAGCGAGCUCAACAAUGUGCGCAUGGCCUCCACAUCAGCCUUUGAUGGUAAUGGCCUUCUGGGCAAGCAAAGUGGUGGUGCUCCUCUCAGCCAGUUCGCCUCUGAUCAACUGGCCUCCAAUCAGUACACACUCGCUUCUUCUUUCCUGACUUAUCAGUAUCCGCAGAGUCAGUCAGUUCCACCCCCACCCCAGCCUAGUCCUGCCUACCAGCAGAUAGGCUUCCAACCCCCGCAGUACCCCACCAUCUCCCAGUCUCAACCUCAGCCUGGAACUUGUCAGCCCCACCCAUCUCCCCCAACCCUCCACCCUCAGGGGACAUACCCCUCCCAAGGCUACCCCCAGAGCCAGCUCUCCUAUCAGACUGAACUGGGACACCCUAGCCUGCCUGGAUUCCAGCCCCCAACAGGCACUCCUCCAUACCCAAGCCAGACCUCCUACCAGUCGAGCCAGAGCCUGGCAUUCCAGCCACAGGCUGAGGUCCUCUCAAUUCACCAGAAACCCCGGCAGACCUCCUUAGCUGACCUGGAGCAGAAGAUUCCCACCAACUAUGAGGUCAUCAGCAACCCCACUGUGGUGGUCACCACAUCAGCUCAGGACAGCGCCUUUACUAGCCCUUACACCUCCACCACAAUGGCUAACAUGUAUGGGCAGUAUCGGCCCCCUGAGCAGACCAUGUCAGACCGAAUCCGCUCUGCAGACAGCCCCACCUCUGCCUACACCUCAGAGGGCCUUUACUCCAACUUGGAGCAGAACAUCCCUCGUAACUAUGUCAUGAUCGAUGACAUCAGUGAGCUGACUAAGGAGAGCAUGGGACCAGGCCCAGACAUGCACAGUCGGACCGACAUCCAUGGGCAGCCGCCAAACGGGCGUUAUGGAAGCGAGAAUGGCCCUACCCGAGCCAUGCCCUAUGGAGACGAGCCAGAGUACCCAUAUGGUAGUGGCAAGACCACCUCUGCAUACCACCAACAAGGAGCAGACCCUCAUGGUCGGAGUGGGGGAUCCUCGUAUUACUACGAUGACUACAGCAAGCACUCCUCAUCACGAGGGGGAGCUGGCGUCCAGAAGCAUUCCUCCAAGAGCCUCGCACCAGCUGUAGUGUCAUCCUCCAAGCGCAGCAAACACAGGAAGCAGGGCAUGGAGCAGAAGAUCUCCAAGUUCUCCCCCAUUGAAGAGGCCAGGGACGUAGAGUCUGACUUAGCCUCCUAUACCAUCACCACGCCAUCUGGCGGGAGUUGCACCGUGGUAUCCCGGGCCAAGAAGCUUGGGGAUGAAAUCACACACGGGCUGAAGAAAAAUGUGUACGAUCAGCAACGGUAUUAUGGGUCGUCAAGUCGGGAGGCCUUGGAGGAGGAGGACCGUAUGUACGGCUCUGGCAGGUCCCGCUCAACUGGUUAUGGGAUGGACAAGAUCUCUUCCCGGGACUCUGGCUACCGGAGCAAGUCAUAUGAGCGGGACACGGUGGAGCGAGCCCAGAGGGGCAGCCACGUGCGAGGCCGUUCCUCGAUCCGGCCCCAGCACUCAGAAGAGGAGAGCCCGCUUAGUCCUGUAGGAAAACCUAUGGGUGUUGGGCGGGGUCCUGCAGCGGUUGAUCCACAUGACAGCCGCAAUCAGUAUGGCUCUAGCCACUCCCUGCCUGAUGUGGACCACCACACAAAGGAUGUACCCAGAAGUCACGUUUAUAAACCAGACGACCCAUACCUGGUGGAUGAUAUGCAUUGUGCUGUGUCUGACAGCGAAGCCUAUCAUUUGGGACAGGAGGAGACAGACUGGUUUGAAAAGCCCCGUGAAGCCCGCUCUGAUAGGUCCAGGCAUGGUGGCAGCGGUGGUGGUCAUUCUUCAUCUGGAAGGCGAAGCCAUGUGAAACACACCUACCAUGACUAUGACGAGCCGCCAGAGGAGGAUCUCUGGCCACAGGAGGACUAUGGCACCCCACGUCACUCCUCCUCACGGGAGCACAGGCACCAUGGCAGCAGCGGCAGCUCAGGGGGGCGCCACUCCUCAUCCCGCCACUCCUCUGAGGACCCUCGCGCCUCCCGCUCCACCCGGGGCCAUGCCAAGGACUCGUCAGGCCGCCCUGAAUCCCGGGGCACCUCAUCCACCGCGCAUAAGAGGGGGUCAUCCUCGCAGGGUCAUCACGGCAGCUCAGAUUACUCCCGAGACCCCGCUGGGCACCCGCACAGGCCGCAGAAACAGCAGCCACCCUCCGGCCGCAGGCAGGAUGCAUCCCGGCAGCCGCAGCAGCAACAGCUGCAGCAGCGCUCCUCUGGAGGCCCAGCUUCUGGGAGGCAAUCUGGCACGCAGCAGCAGGAGCAACAGCAGCCACAGGGGCAACAACAGGGGCAACAACCUGAGCAACAACUGGGGCAACCGCAGGGGCAGCAGCUAACUGCGGCAGCUCAGCCUGCACCCACCACAGGGCCAAUGCAGCAGCAGCAGCAGCAGCAGCAGCAGCAGCAGCAACCACCACCGCAGCAGCAGCAGCAGCAACCACCGCAGCAGCAGCAGGCUAAGCCUGGACAGACCCAGGCCCCGCCCCCAGCUCGACAGUCACAGGCAGGCCCCCAAGCUGGCCUUCAGCCCACUACUGUGGCAAAGACCGAGACUGCUGCUGAUGCUUCUAAGCUUCAAGGGAUGAAGCCAGGACUCACACAGGCCGCUAAGCCCCCCCAGGUUCCCCUGACAGGGAUAGGGUCGAAAGCAGCCCCCAGACCAGGGGGGAUAGGCAGUGCUGCAGCGGGACAGCCUGGAGCCGAAGGCGACAGUGUCCUCUCAAAAAUCUUACCUGGGGGUGCAGCCGAGCAGGCAGGGAAGCUGGGAGAUGCUGUCUCAGCUUUGGGCAAGAAGUUCACCUCUUUUUGGUGAACAGUAGGGCAGAGGGGUCUGUACAGUGAACAUAGAGACCAAUCUUGAGGCUUCGUACUGGAAAAACCUACAAACUCAGAACCCUGAAUUUCCGUCCCAUCCAUCCGAACCCCAAACCCUUUAUCCCCACAAACCCCCACAGGCUAUUCAAACGGACCACCCCCAACCACACAUUUCACCAGAGAGAGAGAGAGGGAGAGCAGAGGUCAAAGAGCAUCCAGCCAAUCAGGAGCACAGAUUCCAAGAUGUGUGAGAAAACAUCAUGGCUUCCUCCAGCAGGCAGUGUGCAUGUGAUCCUGCUGAUCUUGGAUCUGUCCUUUCAAACAUGGUGGGCAUGUUGCCAAGGAAACUCCACAUCUGACUGAGGAAUUGUGGGGAAGGCUCACUGGAGGACUGCAUGGAAGUCCAUGGAGGAAGUGUGGUGUGGAACACGUUUGCUCUGUGGAAUACUUGACCGCUGCUCUGGAUCCCUGAUUCCAAACACGUGUGCCCAAAAGGCCAUUCUCACCUCCUGUCUCUCAAGAUUUAACCCCAGAUGAACCAUAUUCUUCCAUCUCUCAAGAUUUAACCCCAGAAGACCCAUAAUCUUCCAUCUCUCAAGAUUAAAACCCCAAAUAAAAUGCAAUCUUCCCUCUUUCAAGAUUAUAACCUAAAAUUCUGAGCAGUUCCCAGGUUUUUCUAGUACUAAAAGACUUAUACUUUUGUGAAAGAACUUCAGGAAACAAUAAAAAAAGAUAAUUGCAAUGGAAACAAAGGAAUCCUUACUGUUUGCUGGGUGACUGUUUUCCGUCUACAUUCCAGAGCGGAGAGGACAGGAACCACAUCAGUACCCAACGCUCCUCAUCCCCCAAUGGGAAAUUACAUGAACAUUACACAAAAACAGGAAAUGACAUCAGACCUGGCCAUAGGACUGAAGGCUGGAGAAACGAUGGUCAGGCUUCAUGUUUAGCCAUCAUAAAGCCAUGCUAAAUCCAGGGGUACUAGGUCUCCUUUUUUAUUUUUGUUUGUGUGUUUGAUUAUGAGUUUAUUAUCAUUUGCCUGAUAUUCUUUCUCUGAAGAAAGAAGCAGCCUUAACCAUUUCAUUGUUUUUUACUUGUAUUGUAUACCUUAUAUAUUUUUAUAAUCCAUAUUCCCCUGACUUUCUUUGCACAACUGUAUACUACUGUAUGAAUCUGAUAUCAGUAAGAAUACAGACUGAUUUGAUUUGAUUUAUAUUUUUGGGGAAUUUGUGUUUAUUUUAUGGUUUGUUUGGUAUUAUUUAUAUUUUCAUUUUCAAUCAUCAUAAUUAUUUAAUUUAUUAUCAGUAUCACUGUUGUAUUUUUUUUAUUAUUUAAGGUGAUCGGUGUCCGUUGGUGAAGAGCACAAUACUGUGUUGUUUGUAAUACUGAGGUCUAGGCUGUGCGGCCUCUACCACUCUGACCCCCGAACUAUUUUAGAUACCUUUCCACUGGGGGGAACACUGCACUAAAACAGAGGUGUUGCGCGGAACAGGAAGUGUCUGAGUGCGCCUGUGUGUUUACAUGACCUGCAGCAGUCCGGGUGCUUGUAGUCAACGCACAGGAGCUACUGCGCUGUGGCCAGCUGUUGCUGAACCAAUGGGCAACAGUAUCACACCCUCUCUGGAAAAUGCAUUGGCAAUGUUGUGCCAUUGUUUCAGCGACAAAUCUAAACCACAGCUCAGAGUCCACAGGCCAUGAAUUGGAUGGUUGUCAUGGAAAUGUUUGGGGCACGUUCCACUUACUGUUUUUUUGCAGUGUUGUGUAAAACCCAAAACCUAACUCUGUGCACACACACACACACACACACACACACACACACACACACACACACAUAUG